AUGGAAAGGCAGAAUGGUUCCUACCAGUACGAAGGAAUCGUUAUCCCUGAUAACCUUAUAGGGGAAUAUGGCUUUAAGAUGGUGCCUUUUGAGCAAAGACUUACAGUAAAGACACACUUGAGGGGAUGUGUCUGCGAGCUGAGGACCUGCAUCCGGAUUUGCUGUCCUCGCAAGAAUAUGUUGCCCAAUGGCGGAUGUAGCGAUGGUUUAAAUGAUCAGCUUCUCCAGGUAAACCCCCACCUGUAUGUGAACAACGAGGAUGAUACUCUAAGUGACCUAUACUUGAACAACCAAACCCUGCUGAGGACACAGCUCUGGGGGGAAGAUAGGAUGGUCUACCUGUUGGGAGAUCAGUACACGUUGUACAAGAACGGAACCUUAAUUCUCAACUACCAAAAUAUGGAAUUGAAGAAAGAGGAGUACUGCCUUCAUCCCAAUCAGUUUAAAUCACGCUAUUCAGCAGGCUUAUGGUUUGUGUUACACGAGACAACCGUGAUACCGUUACCAGGAGUCCUUGGGAUUUAUAUUUCCGUGAAGAAGCUACGGAAUGUCCUCGGAAAGUGCCUUAUCUGUAGCAUGCUUAGCUUAUUCAUGACGGAUUUGUCCUUUUUAAUAGAUGAAUAUAGAUUUCUGAGCAACGUUUGUCUUCUGGCAGGUUACUGCUCAUACUUCUUUGACUUCGCCUUUAUACUCUGGAACUCUGUAAUCAGCUAUCAUUUAUGGAAAACCUUAACGUCGGUCAACCGCGAUGAACCUCGUCAGCGGUUCCUGGCCUACAGUGCUUUCGUGUGGGUCACAGCUGCUAUCCCAACUGGAGCCAUCUUUAUGAUCAACCAAAUUUGGGUAAACGAUCUUAAUAACUGGAACUGGAUGCCCUUAGUUGGGUUUAGUAGAUGCGCGGUGGACAUUUUCAAAAAGUCUGCCUGGAUCUAUUAUCAUGGGCCCUUAUUAAUCUUAAAUAUCUUCAUAUUUAUCAUGUUUAUCCUGACGGCCAGAAACAUACUGAAAGUGAAGAGAAAACUGAAGAAGAUUGCUCAUCGGCGGGAUGGGACCACAACCUGCUUUAAUUUCAAUAGCGAAAAGUAA